AUGGAGUGUGUGACAACAGUAUCUUAUUCCUUAACACUCAAUGGAGGACUUACUAAGCCAUUCCCUGCUAAGAGAGGCCUCAGACAAGGAGAUCCAAUGUCUCCUUAUCUGUUUGUGAUUGCUAUGGAGUAUUUGCAGAGGGAGAUGAGCACACUAGCUAAGCAGAAGGAAUUCAGAUACCACCCAAAAUGCAAGAAGCUGGGAGUGACACACAUUUGCUUUGCUGAUGAUCUCUUAAUGUUUUGCAAGGGUGACAAAAAAUCAAUUACUGUAUUGCAGAACAUUUUCAACAAGUUCUCAAAAGCAUCAGGAUUGCAAGCUAGUGCUGAAAAGAGUUCAAUUUAUAUUGCAGGAGUCUCACAACAUACAAAAGAAGAACUGAUACAGCUUACUGGAUAUGCAGAGGGCAGUAUACCAUUCAAAUACCUGGGAGUACCACUGUCUGCAAGAAAGCUCAACAUACACCAAUGCCUGCCAUUAGUUGAGAAGAUAACAGAGAGAAUCAGAUGCUGGUCAGCAAGGAUGCUUUCCUACUCAGGAAGAGUUCAACUUAUCAAAUCAGUCCUAUUUGGAGUUCAAACUUACUGGGCCCAAAUAUUCUUAAUCCCAAAGAAGAUUAUGAAGAUGAUAGAGACUCUAUGCAGGACCUUUUUGUGGACUGGUUCAAAUGAAUUCUCCAGGAAAGCACUAAUUGCAUGGGAUAAAAUAUGUCAACCUAAGUCAGCAGGUGGAUUGAAUGUGAUGAACAUGAGGAUAUGGAACAAGGCAGCAGUCUUAAAACACCUAUGGGUGCUUGCUAUGAAGAAGGAUUCUUUAUGGAUUAAGUGGGCACACACCAACUACAUAAAGAGAAAACAGAUUGAAGAGACUCCUACACCCAAAGCAGCAGCAUGGGUGGUCAGAAAGAUCAUGGAUGCAAGAGAUGAAGUUAUGGAAAUGAGGACAGAUCAACAGAGGAUUACAGUCAUUCUGGAGAACUUUAUGAAGCAAGGUAAAUUCCAUAUUCACAAGGCAUAUAUCCAGAUGCAACCACAAUUCAGUAAGGUUGAAUGGAAGAGUAUUCACAUGCACUCCCAGAUACAUCCCAGAUUCAAGUUCCACAUGUGGCUAGCCAUUAAUCAAAGGAUAGCAACUGUGGAUAGACUCAUUAAAUUUGGCAUACAAGUGCAAACAGAGUGUAUUUUUUGUGGAAAGGCUGAGGAAAAUUUUGAACAUUUAUACUUUGGCUGUCAAAAUACCAGAGAGCUGUGGGACAGGAUACUGAAGUGGCUGGGACAUACAAGGCAGAUAGGUGACUGGAGCCAAGAACUGAACUGGAUGAACAACAUAGCCAAGAAGAAAGAAUAUAAGGCAGAAAUGACUGUAGCAUCUUUUGCAAUGGUCAUGUACUGUAUCUGGCGUGAGAGAAAUUCAAUGCGGUUCAAUAAAGGAAGAUACAACAUUGAUGAAGUUUGUAGAGAAGUGGCAAUGCAUAUACACAUCCAAGGAAGGAAGAAGAUUAAGUGGAAAAAAGGAUCAGGGAGCAGCUUUUGGACCGCAACAGUAGGAUUUCCGGGAGCUAUCUUCAGUCCAGGGACUCACGAGAUGUCAGGCAAGGGUCGAGGUAACAGUGAUCCUACUGGUUCUCAGGGUAGAGAAAAGCCUAGGAACAAAAGAGGAGGGUAG